UUCCCAAUCCCAUCCAUAGAAAAAGGAGAAUAUAGCAAAAAACCCCAAUAUACUUUAGGAACCCUAAUUCCCGAUUUUUCAAUUGUACGCUAUUCAAUUCUCGAUCAAUUAGGGUGAACUUGCUGAACAACAGGUAGGGAGGAGAAUUAAAGAACAAGAAGAGAUGUCUUACGACGAAGUAGAGAUAGAAGACAUGGAAUGGAACGAAGAGCUCCAAGCAUACACCUAUGCCUGUCCAUGCGGCGAUAUUUUCCAAAUCACAAAGGAUGAUCUUCGUCUUGGUGAAGAUAUUGCUCGUUGCCCCAGUUGUUCUCUUUACAUUACUGUCAUUUACAAUAUUGAGGAUUUUGCUGAUAAUAAGAAUAAUACUAAAUUCCAGCCUCCUAAACAGCAGUCCAUCACCGUUGCUUAAAGAUUUGAAGACAAAUUAGUAUUUCCUAUCGUUUUAAUCUCAAUUUUUGUUGUUUGAACUCAGUUGUUUUUGUUUUAUUGUCACUUUUUUGUGCGUUUUCGUACGUAGUUCGAUGAAUUGAAGUAUUGAAAAGAAUUUUCUGUAUGAGAUUCCUGCUAUGUUUGGUGUUUACAAGGUACUCUAUUCUAUAAUGAAUGUUUCUUUAUUGUGAAAGGGUUUA